GAAAAUACAGAAAAUAAUAUUUCUAAAAAGUCGUUAAAAAGAAACUGUGAAACUAGAUGGAUCGAACGAUAUCAUUCAAUUAGUGAUUUUUUAGAACUUUUUGAGUGUGUAGUAGAUGCCCUUGACGAAAUUUGUGAGUGGGAUAAUACAGACACGUCGAAUCAAGUAAGGGCAUUCUGAAUUACAAUCCUCCAACAGGAAUUCAUAAUUACGUUAGUUACUAUUUCCAAAGUACUUGGAUUAGGACUUCCACUGUCAAAACAGUUUCAAAAAAUUGAUAUUGAUUUAAAAUUAGCUAUGGAUUUAGCUCAAGAUACUUUGACCGAGUUGGAGGAUUAUAGAAAGCACGCACAGAAAAAUUUUAAAGAAAUUUUUUCAGCUGCCGAGAAAAUUGCUGACAAAUUUAAUGUGACAAUGAGUAUUCCAAGAAUUAGUAAAAAACAAGUACAUAGAAUAAAUGUACAAACUAAUAAUCCUGAAGACUAUUUUCGCAUAUCAGUUUUUAUUCCAUUCUUAGACUUUUUUAUAAGUCAAUUAAAGUUUAGAUUUCUUGAUCAUGUUGAUAUUUUAUCAAGUUUGCACUCUCUAUUCGACAAAAUUUCUACAACAGAAGAAUUUAAAAAAUUGGCUGAAUUUUAUGAAGAAGACUUAAACGGUAAUAAUUCGAUAUUAGAAGAAUUCCAAUUAUGGCAGAGGAAACUUAAAAAAUUGGAAAUUAAACCAAAGAAUUCUAUUGAUGCACUAAAGUUGUGUAAUGCAGAUAUAUAUCCAGGCAUAAAUAAAUAAUUUCAAAUUUUGGCUACGCUUCCUAUAUCUUCAGCAUCAAACGAGCGGACUUUGUCAUCUCUCAAAAAAAUCAAAACAUAUCUACGAAAUACAAUAUCUGAGGUAAUAAAAUGUUAUAAAGAAAUUUUAAUAUAAAAACUAAUAGAUUCUUGUAAUUAUUUUGUUUUAGAAAAGAUUAAAUGGAUUGACGAUGUUAAACAUUCACAGGGAAGUUGAAAUUAGUGUUGAUGAAGUGAUAGAUGAAUUAUCAAAAAAAAAACAGACGACUAGAAUUUAUUUAUGAAAAUUAUCAUUUGUUUUAACUUUUAAGAAGGUACCUCUAGUGAAAUAUAUAAUAUAAUAUUAUAUGUAUAAGUGAGUCAAUAAAAUUAUAUUUAAUUAAACCACCUCAAAGAUAUGUCUAGGUACGUAAAUUUUAUGAACUAUCAUAGAUAUUAGAUUAUAAUAAUAAUUAAAGUAUAAUGUUAACUAUAUGGACCCCCCAGAAAAAUUCGAAAAUACGCCACUGUAUAUAUAUAAUGAAUCCUAAAGAAAUUUCGUUACUGAUUUUAAUUCAGAUUUCAGAAUUGUUUCAUUACAUCUAUUUUUUGAGAUA